CGUCUGGAACGCGACGUCGACGUCGUCAGUUUGCGUCCUGACGCCUCGCUUACACCACCUUUGUAUCACAAACUCGCGAGUUAUCCACGUGUUUCUUUCCACCGGGUUUUUAACAACCACAAAAAUUUUUUUGGAAGAACAAAAAACUUGUGAAAAACGAAUUCAUUCGAUUCGAAUUUUAUAAAGUGAGUGGAAGGAGAGUUGGAGUCUUUUUUCAAAAAAUUAAUUUGGAUUCCUGAAAGCUGUUUGAUGUAAAUAAACUUCCAACAAUACGCUGGGAUUUCAAGAACCAGAGCCAUUCAACAAACCGCAAGAAGUCAAUUUAACGUAGGGGACAAUUUUACAGCCCCUGCAAUACCAUUUGGCCAUGUGCACGCCGGUAUACAAAUCAUAGUGGGCACCGGGCCACGGGAGGUACUCCCACGGCAUGGAAGUUGAGGUCAGAGAGGAUGGGGCAAUCAGGACGGAUUCUGCAGCGAUUCUUGUCAAUAUCACUCCUGCUUACCCCGUCACAGAGCAACCAGAAUUAAUAGUCCGUGCCGAAGAAGUACUACUCGUGGUCUUGGUUUUAAUGAUAUGGGUAGCCGCCAUCGCCCUAUUUUUCAAUCGUUGGGGCCAAAUUCGUACUCUAGAACCAUAUCAACCCAAGUUCCAGCAGAGUCAUCAUAGGACAUCGUGUCCACUAGCACCAUUGAGUUCACCACACAUCACUCCUCAACGUAUGUCCUUUUCAAAAUACAACGUAAACUGCUUCAGUGACACUUACACAGGCCUUCCAUCUCCGGUUUCAAUCCGAAGACCUCGUUUAAAUUCCGUAUUCGUAGGAAGUUCAACAAUGGCAAUUUUAAAUACACCACCAAGACGAGUUAAAUCCGCCAUCGAUAUCCAACACUUAAUAGUUAACGAAAAAAGUAAAAGAGCAUCUUUGGUAGGUUUCAAUUCCAUGAUACCCAUCACAAGCAUUCAUCAUCGUUCCGAACGAAGGCCAUCCAUCUCAAUAGAAAGACCGUUUUAUGGUGGUAGAAGAAGGCCAUCAGCAGCCAUAGAUCGACCAAUGUUAUCUCAUUACCAUUACGGCGGUGGGAGAAAUCGAAGAACUUCUUGUUUCGUUGAUCGUCGACAUAAAAAUUUUAUUAGUUUCGAUCAAAGCGAGAGAAAAUUAAGUAUAACAAUAGAAAAAGUACCAUCUAAUGGGGAUCAACAGAAACCAAAUCAAAGUUCUGUUAGUUUUGAUACAACAACUCCUUCCAUAUCUUUUGAUUCGCCAACUGUUAUUGUUGAACACGCAGAGAUUAAUCAUUGCCGUAGUCAAAGAAAUUCCUCCCACUCAACACCGAAAAUGUCAAGAAGUUUUGAACAACCAACACCAAAAAUGAUUGUUCCAAGGAUGUCAACUAGUUUAGAUGUACAAACGGGCGGUGGUGAAAAAACGUCAUCAGAUUCAUCAUCCCAAAGAACUUCUUUGAAUGCUGUUGAGUCGCAAAGUAUAGAACCGAAUUCUUCAGUAUCAACAAUAGACCAUGAUGGAUCAUCAUCAGUUGUUGUUUCAUUUGAAGAUGCAGCUCCAUUACUUGAAACGUUAAAAAGUUCCGAUGUAUGAUUUUUUAUUUUAUUUCAAAUUUGUCGGAAAAGAUUAGAAGUGGAAAAGAA